AUGAUUUGGGGUUCUUGCGUGUGGCCGUUGCUGCACCGAAUUCUCUUCCCACUUGUGUCUCUGUGUGUUUGUGUUAGGGUUUAUGCGAGCAUUUCCUCUUGCAGUGUGUGUGCGGUGACGACGGUGCCACACGUGUGUGAGACCGUGGCGAGCGGAAUGCAUGGGCGAACCCUCCAUGCCCACCACGUUGUUGUUGGCUCUCACCAACACUGUGCUGGGUGGAUGGUAUCCACGGGCCGUCUUUGUGGUGGUCCUCGUGCAUGUGGUGUGCAUCGCACAUUGUGUGGAUGGUUUUCUUGUUGUGGGUGCCAGUCAUUGCUGUGCGUAAUUUCCUUUAUUCUUAUUCCUCUCCCUUUUGAUUGGUUGCCAGUAUUCAGCUUUAACUCGAUCCAACCAAGAAAACAAGGAGAAACAAUGUCUGGUGGGCGCAAUAGAAUGCAAGGUGGAAAUACCGAGAGUCAAGCGUCUGCUGUGCCGCAGGGAGAUGGUCAGAGGAGAGCGACGCCGGAGUUGGAGGUUGUCACAGGUCAACCCGCCGCGACCCGCAGAAGAGCGGAGGAGGCGCGGCGACCAGAGUGGACCAUGAGCAGCACCGUAAGGGACAUCCUGCUGGAGGGAAGCAAUGGAAUGGCCAAAAUGAAGCUCAAUGAUUUCAUUCGGGAUUAUGUUGGCGGCGGGGCAGCCGUUGAUGAAGACCACAAUGUUACGAUGGAGGUGUUUUUCCAUAAGCCGGAUGAUUACGUACAAGACCAGCAGCUUUUUGAUGAGAUUCAUAAUUUAACAGAGUACCAAGGGCUAGAAGGGAGGGGGAUACUAUUGGAGGCUACUACUAGGCUUGAAGGAGAAGGCGUGUUCAUUCUUGAAGAAUGGAGGGACUUUGGAAGAAAGGCUACGGUCGCUCUUUUUGCAAGGAAAAAACUGGACAAAGUUCUCACCCAAGUACUGGAAGAAAAUAUGCUUGAGGCAAGAGGAAGAGCAUGGCAGCAACGAGAAAUAGAAUUUAAGAUUCCCACUAAUAUCGAAGAUGUACUGUUUAAAGGUAGUCCUCGCUUCAUGGAAAUAAAGCUGAAUGAUUUUCUUGCGUUGGAAUUGUGCGGCUGGGGCAUUUUGCGCGCCAAUCGGAAUGUCUUGUUGAAGGAGUUUUUCCGGGAACCCUCGAAGUAUAUCCGUGAUGCGGGAGUAUUGGCCGAAGUACAGGCAUCAGUUUAUUAUGUGUUGAUGGAUAUUGCCGUAUGGAAUGAAAUGGUUUUUGAUGAGGAUAUACGCAAGCUUCACGAGAAUGGUGUACACAAACUAUUUGAGUGGUCAGAAGCUGCUGCGGACGUAAAAGCAAGUGUUGAACGCAUCACUAAACAGUUUUUGGAUGCAGCCGUCAUUGAAUCGAUGAGCCCAAUGACGAAGAGUGCACCGAUGAAACUGGAGGGGUUUUACGAGUCUGUGUACAGUGCGAGGUGGAGCCAUGUGGUGGAAGUUCCUGGCGGCGAGGGGACAGGAAUGGAUGUGAGGGAGGGGAAACCAUCGCAGUCAUGGACGUACAAGGCAGUUGGCUACACUCUCGAAAAGGAUGACGGUGUGGAGGAACCCGGUGCACCACGUCUCAGGCUGACGGUGCUCACCUCGGACAAGGGAUGGCCGUACUCGUGGAAGGAGGAGGAAUCCAUUCGUGACUGCCAUGUGAACUGUGAGGUGGAGCGAGUGUGGCAGAUCGUCAAAAAGGAUCUCACCAAGUGGUUCAGCACUCACCGUGGGAAGUACUUGACGCCCGAGCCGCGUGUGUUGAUUGGGACGCCCGGGAUGGGGAAGUCGAUGAAUGCCGGCUCGUACCUCCUCUAUCAGCUGCUGCACUACGAUGCGGAGCAGCUCCCAAUGGUUGCGUACUUUAUUGGGAAUCGAACAUUUCUGUUUGACAAAAUUGCAAAAACGGUGUCAGUGUACAUGGGUGAGGCCAGUAUCCUCCGUGUUGUGGAAGGCUUGUCUCAGCGUGGGUUUAAGGGGUGUAUUAUCUACGACGUGGCAUUGGCAUGUCGUCAACCGGCUGCUGGUUUGCCUUGCAAGGGAUGGGGCAUGAUUGUGGUGGCACCACCAGACAAAAACAACUACGAAUCGUGGGCGAAGCAAACGGAAGCGGAAAAAUUCAUAAUUAAUUGUCCCGAAGAAAACGAUGUGAAGGCAAUGUGCUCUUGGAUGAAGCGCAAUCAGAUUCCGCAGGAGCAGGCGGAAUACUGGAAGGAGGUGAAUGGUCGCAUGAAUAAAGUGGGGCCAAUUCUCCGCUUCAUCUUUGGCAGGCAGGCAUCUGAUGACCGCAUUAAAGCGUGUCAACAAUCCGUGGAUGGGAUGAACGCUUCGAAAUUCGAGCGUUACUUGAAUAUUGGAUAUUGUUGUUUGUCCAAUGACAGCGACUUGUAUCAAAAGCUUGUGAAGGUUGUCCGAGUACGACGAGGAAACAACAUUGAAGUGCCUUUGAAUGUACUGAUAUCUCCCCAUCUCGAACGUGAAACAUUGUCCCGGUUGGAAAAUGAAAUGAAGCAGUCCGAUUUUAUUUUUCUUGUUUUGAGGUUCUGGGA